CUUCAGUAAGAUGAUUGUAACUGUGUGGCUUGUCCCUUAAGGGAUAGAGGCAUGGGGACAGCCAACCCUCAUUAUUGAAGAGACACCUGAGAGAGAUCAGGUGAUUCUAUUAUAACAGCAGCAGGAAGUUAUAGUGAGUUCAGGAAAAGGCAAAGAGUGAGAGAGAUUCUAGCAGGGGUGCUUGGAAGUCAGAGCUAGAAAUCUGACGUCCACCCAGGUAAGGCUUGGGAACAGUGAUUGAAUUGGAACCCAGCUCUGGGAAGGUGGGCUGAGGACUCUGAAUCGAAGGGGAGAAAGACAUUAAAUGGGGGUUGGGCCAUGAGGGCCAAAUGCUGUAAGGACUAAUAAAUUGGACUCUAGGAGGGCAAUGUUUUAAGUUAACCUUGGACUGGGGAGUGGAGUUUAAAAGCCCCUGAAGAGGAGAAACUGAGGCAGGCUGCCUAAAGUGUGACCCUGGGCCAUGAAGAAGUGGUCAGCUCUAUGACAACAGGCCUUGUCAGCAGGAUGUGUAACAUCCCCUCCCCCUCCAUCAAGAAGGCCAACGGUGCAGCAACAGAGAGCACGAUGAAGGAGAUACUGCAGUCCCUGGUGUGACUAUCUUCUUGAAACUCCUGCAGGAUCAGCAGAGGCAGUAAGAGAUGCUGCGGUCAGCCCAGCAGAAUCAGCAGCAGGGAGAGGAGGCCCACCACCAUCAGCAAGAGUAAUGCCCAGGGCUCCUAUUUCCAGUGUAGGAAACCAGGACAAAAAGAGUUUGAAUGUCCCAGGUGGUAGCCUGAUUCCUGGCUGUGGUCAGGCCAGGAGCAGAGAAACGCUGAUGGAUGGACCUGAAUGCUUUGUGUGUGGAAAGGCUGGGCACUGUUCCAUGAAGAAGCAAUUAGGGAGACUCCUCCUGAGCAAGGGAGACAUGGAUUAAAAAUACAUCUCUGAAAGACACUGCAUAAGCUCCUGUCUCCAGGACACUUCACACAGAGGCAGAGUAAAAGAAGAUCUCAUGACCACCAUGUGUUUGCUGCACAUUUGCCUUGUGCUGCUGUUCUCCAUUGAAAUCUCUUCUCUGGACUGUAACAUGCUUCACUUCCAGCAAAAUAAAAUGAACAUGGAAAGCUUAGAGCUUCUGAGAAAAAUGGGUGGACAAUUUCCUCUACAAUGUCUAAAUGAAAAUAGGAACUUCAGGUUCCCCCAGAAAGCUCUCAGGCCUAGAGAGUCCCAGGAGAAGAAUGCCAAGGUGGUAAUCCAGGAGAUCCUCCAGCAGAUCUUCAAUAUCUUCAGCAAAAACCUUACGCAAGCUGCCUGGGACAGGAGUUCUGUAGAGACAUUACAAAAAGGACUUCAUCAGCAAACUGAACAGCUAGAGACAUGUUUGUAUUCAGAGAUGGAGAAUGAGAAACUCCUGUUCCCCAUGUUGAAACUGAAGAAAUACUUCCAAAGAAUCAGGGAUUUCCUGAAAGAAAAACAAUAUAGCUUGUGUGCCUGGGAGACCAUCCGCUUGGAAAUGGGAAGAUGUUUUUUUUUCAUUGACCAGCUGAUAAUAAGGCUUCAGAACUAA